AUGAAAUUUAUUAAUCGAUGUUUAUAUAAGUUUUCUGUAAAUGUUAUUAGAGACUAAAUCUAUGAGUUCGACAAGAGUGCGAUUAGUUUAAGUGUUCGAAUUAAUAGCUUAAAAGAUUUCAACGAUUUUCAAAAGUUAAGAGACUUAAAAAUACAUCGAAUUAUCUAUAAUCUAAAUGAUUAAGCAGAACUAAUGGAAUUCUUGGCUGAGCAUAAUGAUGAAUGUAUUAAGAAAAUAUUCGAUCCCUCCUUUUUCAUAUUUCGUGGUGUGAGUGUAGAUGUUCCUACAAUACUGAGGGAUGGCAAUUUUAGAAAGUUAGAGCAGAAGGCAUUACUACAGAUUUGCUAACAUCUAUUUAAAUUGAAGACAGAUCAAAACAAGACACAAUUCUAAGUUUUUAUGGUAUAUAUGAUUAUUUUAUUUUUAUGCUCUAAAACACGAUGGAAACAUUAAUAAAGAGGAAGAGAGGAGUUAGAUGAUUUACAAAGCGUGAUAGAGAAUUCAUUUAAUUUUGAAGUGAAUCAUGUACUUAGUUAUAAUCCAAAAUUCACAUAUGAUUUACUAUUUAAAUUGGCAAAUUAACAGAAAACUUUGAAAAGUGUCAACUUUAACAUUUACAGAUAUGCAAAUCCUUAAUAAAGUGAAUUAGAUUAGAAUAGAGAAAUAUUGGCUACCCUUUAUUAACAUGUUGAUGAACAGUACAAUACAAUAUUUUUGAAAAACUUUAUAUUUGAAGAUAAAUUUAUCAAACAAUAGAAUUUGUCUGAAGGCAUUGUCAGUUACUCACAUUUGGUAGAUAUGCUAAAAUUGAUGCAUUUCAGAGGUUCCUUGGUCUUUGAGUAUAAUAAAAAUUUGGAAAGGAAUGUCGAAUUCAUAGACCAAUUGCUAUAAUCUAGCAAAUACAUAUUGUCUGACAAAUAUAAAUUGGGAGAAGAGCACGAGUCUCACAUUGUAGAAGGAGAUACAAUGCCACCUAUAGAUGUUUGA